AUGGCAUCAAAUACAUCUGUACCAUGUGGACCUUGUGAAAGAGGAAAUGCAAAUACUAAAGCUGACAUCUGGUGUUUCAGCUGUCAUGAAGGAUUAUGCUCAACAUGUGCAGGUCAACACAAAAGAUUUAAACCAACUGGUGAUCACAAGACGAUCGAUAUUGAAAGCUAUAAAUCUCCCAUUGACACCAUCAAAACAGAAUGUGACAAACAUAAUCAACAAUUUAAGUGGUACUGUCCAAGUCAUUUAAUACCUUGCUGUGAUGCGUGUAUUUCAAAUCAUCAUUCAAAAUGCACUGAAAUAAAACCGUUAGCGAGUGUAGUGGAGAAAGCCAAUAUAGAACAAUCGAAAGCAUCUAUAGAAAACGAUAUCACCUCCAUCUUACUUUUCUUGAAUAAAAUGGGAAUUGAAAAAUCAAAAAACAGAAUGAAAGCAGAACAACAACAUAAAAACAUAAAGGAAUCCAUUGGUAAAAUUCGGCAAGAAAUUAAUAAGCAUUUAGAGCAUCUAGAGAUAGAGCUAUACAAAGAAGCAGAUACCAAAUGGAGUAAGGAAAAAUUAAAUUUAACAGAAUUAAUUACUGAAAUUGAAGAAAAAAAGAAAAACUUAAAGGACAUACAACAUGAUUUGCAGACAGUCACAGAAAAAAGUUCCAAACUCCAGUCAUUUCUAGGGAUACACCAGAUUGAGCGAAUAGUACAUCGACAUCGAUAUGUUGUAGAUAUUGAACACAAUGAGAUGGCAAGGGAAGUUGAAAUCAAAUUAAAGCAAAAUGAUAAGAUAGAAAAAAUACUCAGGGAAUUAAGAUCAAUAAAGUCCUUUGGAGAGGUAAAUAUUGUUGAAACUAAACUAGCAUUGAAGAGAGAAACGAGUGUGAAUAUGGAACCACAAGUUGCAUUACAAGAACAAUCCAAUAUAAAGACCAUGCAAAUGAAUAUUGAAACAAAGAUGAAGAUCAACCUUGGGAAGUAUAUUAAUGACAUGAUUUGUCUGAUGGAUGGGAGAUUUAUAGUAGUUGAACAGAGUGGUAAAGUUAACCUAUUUUCUACUGAUGGCAAACUUCAGAAACUAUUACCAAUAGCAAGUGGACCCUGGAGUGUUACACAGAUCAAUCAGGACGCUAUUGCUAUGAGUUAUCCUCAAGAGAAAGAUAUUAAGGUAUUCAAUAUGAAGAAUGAAACCGUUUCCAAAGUUAUCACAUUAGAUAAACCGGUAGCAUGCUAUGGUUUAUCAUGCUUCAACGAUGCCCUUGCAGUGGGUUUAAGAAAUCGUGAAAUCCGUAUUAUAGACAUGGACGGAAACACACUAAAGUCAAUACAAGUUCAGAGUAAAUCACACCUGUAUAAUCUUGUUUAUUUUAAUGACAGAGUAAUCUUCAGUGACUAUACUGGUAAAGCAGUAUACUGUUAUGAAGAUUCAGGUAAAAUUGUCUGGGAGUAUAAACAGGAUUUAGACGGACCACAAGGUCUUUGUAUUGAUACUUUCGGUAAUAUUCUUGUAGCAGAUUAUUGCUCUGAUAGAAUAAUAGCAAUAUCAAUAGAUGGAAAGAUUAGUAAAGUAGUGCUGGGAAAAGAGGAUGGAUUGGAGGACAUGCAUUUUAUUUGUUAUAAAAAGGAUGAAUCUUAUGGUUUUAUUUGUGACAACAUGUGUGUUCUCUUAGCAAAGUUUAAUCUAUCUUACGGAUAA